GUCCUAAUAUUUAUGAAAAUUAGCAUUAUUUCAGUCGAGAGGCGCCUUUCAUUUCUAUUAUCGUAUUAUUAAUUUUGGAAUUCGUCCAUCCUUGUAAUACACAUACAGAGGCACGAAUACUUAUAUCGCCCAGCAGUGCAAUUGGUGACACUAACGCAACGGGAAGAUCGAGAUGGCGCUGAAAUUCAAAAUGAAUUUAGGUCGAGUAUCCCUUAAUGUGCUUUAGGCCGAUGCCAAUGUGAAUAAUACGCACGUGGACGCAAGUGCUGACAGCAUGUUUGGCUUUGAGUCGUUAGUCAAUAUUUUCGGACUAUUCCUUGAGAUUGCGGGCCUUGCGAAGGACGAUUUGCUGCUUACGCCACUCCCGGGUCUCUUAUUUCCACGAGAAAGUGAAACGCGCGAGGUCAAAUCUCUCGAUGGAUUUUGGGACUUUUUGGUGCCACCGAUCAACGAUGUGCAACGAGGUCACAUCCAAUCAUGGUACGCCGAAAAUCUGUCUAAGGUAAAAGCGGGAAAGGUAAUGCAGAUGCCAGUGCCCUCGUCCUAUAAUGAUAUUACAGUUUCGAGCAAUUUGCGAGAUCACGUGGGCCCGGUUUGGUAUGAGAAGACUUUUUUCGUGCCGAGCUCGUGGAAGCAUAAAAGAGUUUUCCUCAGAUUCGGAUCCGUCAACUAUCUUGCACAAGUCUGGUUGAACGGUAAAUUUCUCAUGAGUCAUGAAAUGGGUCACUUGCCUUUUGAAGCUGAAAUCACUUCGUGUGUUACAUUUGGUGGAAAAAAUCGCGUUACCCUUAGCGUUGAUAAUAUUCUCCUUCAAAAUAGCGUACCUCAAGGAAAAAUUGUAGAUCUGCUCUCUGAUAAUGGAACAAUCAGAAUACAGACAUAUACAUUCGAUUUCUUUAACUAUGCUGGUAUUCACAGAUCAGUGCUAUUGCACUCGAAACCAAAAGUAUUUAUCGAUGAUAUUACUGUAAAAACGGAAAUAGUCAAUGGUAUCGGAAUAAUCAGAUACAAAAUUGAGGCGAAUGGAAUAAAAAACAGCAACGCCUGUUUGUGUGAUAUUAAUGUCAUUAAUGCUGAUAAUCAAUAUGUGGUUAACGAGUCGCUGAUUGGUACAGAAGGAGUACUUGAAGUUGCCUUACCAAAUUUAUGGUGGCCUCGUACAAUGAGUGACAAUCCCGGUUAUUUGUACACAUUAGAGGUAAUACUUCGUGUAAUAAAUACAUCCGAGUGCGAUGUUUAUAGACUCCCUAUAGGCAUUCGAAGUUUAAAGUGGACCGAAACUUCCUUAUUAAUUAAUGAAAAGCCAAUUUAUUUUCGUGGAUUUGGAAGGCACGAGGACUCUGCGAUAAGAGGGCGUGGAUUGGAUUUGGUAACUGUAGCCAGAGAUCACGAAUUAUUAAAGUGGGUUGGAGCAAACGCAUACAGGACCAGUCAUUAUCCGUACAGUGACGAGGUCCUCGAUGUCGCCGACAGGCUCGGAUUUCUCGUAAUCGACGAGUGCCCCUCCGUCGACGCGGAAAAUUAUUCACCGGCGCUAUUGAAAAAACACAAAGAAUCGCUAUCGGAACUCAUCAGACGAGACAAAAAUCGGCCCUCGGUCAUCAUGUGGUCCAUAGCCAACGAGCCAAGAACGUCUCAUUACGGGGCUGACGAUUAUUUCAAACGAGUAGUCCAUCACACUAAACAGCUUGAUAAGAGCCGUCCAAUUACAAUGUCCAUCGCGACCCCCUGCGACGAAGAUAAUGCAGGCAAAUACUUGGACAUCAUAAGCUUCAAUAGGUACAAUGCUUGGUAUUCAAAUCCAGGCAGAAUAGAUAUGAUAACGAAGAAAAUUGUAUCGGAAGCACAAAACUGGCAUAUUAAAUACAAGAAACCAGUUUUGAUAUCUGAAUAUGGUGCCGACUCUAUAACUGGACUGCACGAGUUACCGGAGUACAUUUGGAGUGAAGAAUAUCAAGUGGAAAUAAUGUCAAAACAUUUCGAAGCAUUUGAUCAGUUAAAAGCUCAAGGCUUUUUCAUUGGAGAAUUUAUAUGGAACUUUGCAGAUUUUAAGACUGCACAAACUUACAUACGAGUUGGUGGCAAUAAAAAAGGAAUUUUUACACGAGAUAGACAGCCAAAAAUGGUUUCGCACUUCGUAAGAAAGAGAUAUAAUUCUCUAAAUAUUGAGCUGAACAAUGCAAAAUUAUAUGAUUGCAUUAAAAAUUAUAUUCAAAUUCAACAAGCUCAAUGA